AUGUUGCCCGAGAGGCUGAGCGAGAGGGCUCCAACGCUCAUCACUCGGGAGCCGGCAAAAAUCCUGCUGUCGGUACCGCCGCAGGGGCAGCCAGUGUACGGCGCUGCUGUCGGUCAUCAUGCGUCGAACACCCACGAUUUGAACACCCACAACCGAUCGACUACCUCCUCCGACCCUACCUCCACCCAGGCUCCCGAGCAGUCUCACGAAGGUGGUGGUUCUAACGGCUUGGGUACGCACGCUGCCGAAUGCUCUGGCGCCCGCAUGACUCGACUCAUCAUCGCGCUGUGCCCGGAAAUCAACCCGGAUCAAGGCACACGGGUCAAGGUGUAUCUGGAGGUACGCGUACUGCAGGCGAAGGAGUCUCCACCAAGAAGGUCGGCAAGCAACUAUGAGAGGUCGACUACCGAGGGUCCCAUCACUGGUGGCGCUGCGAAUACUGGCCGCUUCGACACUGACAAAUCGUCCUCUUCUCAUGUUGACAAACAUAUGAUGAUAUGCAAUCUGAUAUCCAUGCUGGGAGAUGUUAUGAAGAAAUAA